AUGGCGGGUGAUUUGGUAAUACCUCCUGAUGCUAGAAAUAAUGAAUUCCGUUUGGAUAUGGACGAUACACUCUUCCAAUCAGUCGUUCAACAAUUCAUACUUCUUGACAAAGAGUUUAUCAGAGCGAAAGCAGAGAAAAAUGCCAGCCUCAGACUUUUUAUCACAUCUCCUAGAUUCCUCAUUGAGUAUGCUCGGUUGACUCAUUUUUCAAGCGUCCUUCCACAAAAGGAGUAUUUAGACAGGAUGUCCGAAAACAAUCUAUUCCCAUACAGAAAAAAUGUAUAUUCUUUCAAUUUAACCGAAAUUGUGUUCGACAAAACUCGUCAUGGAUUCAGGGAAGUUGACUUUCCAUUCGACGCAAAUCACGGAGUAACGGCUGUUCAAGACGUUGGAGGUUGUCAUUCGUCUUACGAUCUUCGCAAUAUUUUCGUUCUCGAAAAUAUGAAUGUUCCAGUUUGUCGCUUCGACCCCGUGAUGUUUUGUCAGUCCUGGGUGCUCACUCUGUUCCGCCCUAAAUUCGUGUUCCGUGGAUUGGUUGCUUGCCCGAAAGGAGACUAUGGACUUGCACGAAUGAUUGUAGAAGUAGGAAACUCGAAAGGAUCAACUUUCCGAUCGGAAGCGUCAAUUGCAUUCAAAAAGGGAGACGAUGAAAAGCUUGGAAAGUUUAUUCCAUUCGAAGUUGCAACUCCAGAGUAUAACUUCCGACCAACACACAUUUUCUUCUUCGUCUGCAUUUUCUAUGUCAAUCGGAAUCCUAUUCCAAUCCGUGGAAUGCGUGUUUCCAACUGUACAGUUCAAUGUGUUCUGCCGGAAGGGCCGCCAUCAUUGGACGCAGUUGAAUGUAAUGAUAGUUUCCCGGCAGGAGCCUAUGAUACUCCACCCGUAAUGUGCAACUAUGUUGUCGAACACCACGACGAUCCAGAGUAUUUGAGAGACUUAAAGGCUGGAUUCUUCUCAACUUUUGAUAAUUACAAAAAUAUGAAGGCAGCUGAAGUUGCACGUGCUGAACAGGAAAUGUAUGAUAUAUUGGAAGGAAACAUUUUGGAAGAUCGAAUGGACGUUCAAGAAGUCGACGGUUUGUCUGAUAAUAGGAAACGUGUGAAUGUUGAUAACGAAGACGAGCCACUCGCAAAGAAGAAAUGCUGA